GGGGUGUGAUAGCGAUCCAGUCAAGCUUCAACUAUAUUCUUUGCUAACCUCAUACCCUCAUCUGCUAAAACAAAACAUCCACGCCUCAUCUCAGAACCUUCACAGUCUUUCUUACCCAGGUUUGAUUGUCUGCCCUCCUUUUAACUCGCACACGAUCUGACAGGGGAUCAGACCAGAGACUUGCCAUGGAUCCAGGAUUCUCUGUGGACGAGAUUGCACCGAUUGCCAUUCUCAUGGAUGAGCUUCGGUCAGAAGAUGUGCAACUACGACUCAACGCUAUUCAUCGCGUCUCCACCAUCGCCCUUGCCCUUGGACCUGACCGAGCCCGGGAUGAGCUUAUACCCUUUCUUCAAGAUUCCAUAGACGAUGAGGAUGAGGUUCUGCUGGCACUGGCGGAGGAGUUGGGAAGGAACUUUGAGGAAUAUAUUGGUGGACCCGAAUACGCACAUUUGCUUCUGGGGCCCCUAGAGAAUCUCUCCGCUGUAGAAGAAACGCUUGUCAGGGACAAGGCCGCCGAGUCAAUCACCAAAGUUGCAGCUGUCAUGAGCCAGCCGCAAAUCGAACAAUAUUAUAUUCCCCUUCUCCAAAGGUUGUCGAAGGGGGAGUGGUUUACCUCACGAACGUCUGCUUGUGCGCUAUAUGCUGCAGUGUAUGAUCGUGUUUCACCCCCCAUCCAGGACGAGCUUCGCAGAGGGUAUGCACAGCUGGGAUCUGAUGAUACACCGAUGGUUAGACGAGCGGCGUCCAGAUGGCUUGGUUCUUUGAUCAAGAAGUUCGCGAAACAACAUGUCCUAUCUGAUGGCCUGAGCAUUUACCGCAAAUUGCAAUCAGACGACCAGGACUCCGUCCGCCUCCUGACGGUCGAAGAUCUCAUCGCUAUCGUGCAGGCGUUGUCUCCGCCAGAAAUCAAGGAGCAGCUUUUGAAACAAAUUAGGCAGACAGUGUCGGACAAGAGUUGGCGAGUAAGGUACAUGGUUGGACAGCACUUCAACGAGCUGGCCGAAGCCGUUGGGCAGGAGUUGGUAAGGGAAGAGCUUGUUGGACAUUAUGUCCAGCUACUGAAGGACAAUGAAGCCGAAGUUCGCAGUGCUGCCGCCACUCAAAUACCUGGCUUUUCUAAGCUUCUUGAGAAGGAGAUUAUUUUGGCGCGGAUUGUUCCAUGUGUGCGGGACCUCUGUCAGGAUAAUUCGCAGCAUGUCCGAGCCGCACUUGCGAACCAAAUUAGCGGGCUCGCGCCACUGUUGGGACGCGAUGCUACGAUCGAGCACCUUUUGCCUCUUUUCCUGCACUUGCUCAAGGACGAGUUCCCUGAGGUGCGGCUGAAUAUCAUCAGCAAGUUAGAACAAGUCAACACUGUCAUCGGGAUUGAUCUUCUGUCCGAGAGUCUUCUCCCGGCCAUCAUCGAAUUGGCAGAGGACAAAUCCUGGAGAGUCCGGCAGGCCAUCAUUGAAUACAUCCCCCUUCUUGCCACCCAACUCGGAAAAUCUUUCUUCGAUGAGCAGUUGGGCAACCUGUGUAUGUCAUGGUUGGGUGACAAUGUCUUCAGCAUCCGAGAAGCCGCAACCGUCAAUCUCAAGAAGCUCACUGAGGUGUUCGGCGUUGAGUGGGCGAAGGUGCAGAUUGUGCCGAAAGUGGUCGGAAUGGGUCAACACCCGAACUAUCUUCUCCGUAUGACAACUGUUCAAGCAAUAUCAACCAUCGCCCCUUCCCUGACUCUUGACAUUGUCAGCGGUGAUAUACUGGACACAUUGUUGCAGCUGGCUCAAGAUCCCAUCCCGAAUAUCCGUUUCAACGUUGCUAAGUCACUCGAGGUGCUGGCGUUAACGUUUGGGACCACGGCAGAAGGUCGGCAAUUGAUUGUGCAAAGAGUCGUUCCCGUCCUUGAAGCGCAGAAAAGCGACCCUGAUGCAGAUGUCCGUUACUUUGCUUCGAAGGCAUUACAGAAAGCCCAUGCUGUGGAGGCCGGAGCUUGAGUUGGAGAUUAUGGUUUGCUUGAUAGAGGAUGCGUUCAUAGCUGUCCGAUUUUCUGUUGGGACGGCUUUUCUACCAUCUUAAUAAGUUUGUAGUGUAUAAAGAUUCAAGAUUUCUUUUUCCCUAUUUUUGGUCCACGGCGACCUUUGCAGGCUGUCCUGAUGAUACCAGUCGAGGCCGAUCGAGGCACUCUGUAUUUUCCGUUCCUCAAUAUGCAGUUCCUAUCAGAGAGAAUUUGUGGUGGACGACCGGACAUCUUGUGGUUCUAGCUUAUACAACAUUUCCAGAAUCCGAGGUAGCCAUGGCGAUCAGUACACUCCAACUUCUGUGCCUUUUAGUGUGUCUUUCCUCCUUGUCGGAGACCUCCAAUCGCGUACUAACUUUUGUGUUGCGACAAAAAAACAUUUAUGACCCACGGCGUCUCCAACUUAUCUCCGGCG